AGUGCGCCUGUCUCCCCGCUGCCAACAUGGCGGACUACGACCUGACCAUGAAGAUCGCCAACUUCCUGGACCGGCACCUCGUGUUCCCGCUGCUCGAGUUCUUGUCCGUUAAAGAGAUUUACAAUGAAAAAGAACUUCUCCAGGGUAAACUGGAUCUUCUCAGUGACACAAACAUGGUUGACUUUGCCAUGGACGUGUACAAGAACUUGUAUUCAGAUAAGGAAAUCCCUCAAGCUCUGAGAGAAAAGCGUACGACUGUGGUUGCACAACUGAAGCAGCUCCAGUCUGAAACUGAACCAAUUGUGAAGAUGUUUGAGGACCCAGAAACUACAAGGCAAAUGCAAUCUACCAGGGAUGGACGAAUGCUGUUUGACUACUUAGCUGAUAAGCAUGGGUUCCGUCAGGAAUACCUGGACACACUCUACAGAUAUGCAAAGUUCCAGUAUGAGUGUGGUAAUUAUUCUGGAGCAGCAGAAUAUCUCUACUUUUUCAGAGUUCUGGUACCUUCGACUGACAGGAAUGCUCUCAGUUCACUCUGGGGAAAAUUAGCAUCAGAAAUUUUGAUGCAGAACUGGGAAGCCGCCAUGGAAGAUCUAACCCGACUAAAGGAAACCAUUGAUAACAAUUCUGUUAGCUCACCUCUCCAGGCUCUUCAGCAAAGGACGUGGCUAAUCCACUGGUCACUGUUCGUGUUCUUCAACCAUCCUAAAGGGAGAGACAACAUUAUUGACCUCUUCCUUUAUCAGCCACAAUAUCUCAAUGCCAUUCAGACCAUGUGUCCACAUAUCCUUCGAUACCUGACCACAGCAGUAAUCACCAAUAAGGAUGUUCGGAAACGUAGACAAGUCCUGAAGGAUUUAGUGAAGGUCAUCCAGCAGGAAUCGUACACUUACAAGGACCCCAUCACUGAGUUUGUGGAAUGCCUGUAUGUGAACUUUGAUUUUGAUGGUGCUCAGAAGAAACUGAGGGAAUGUGAAUCGGUGCUCGUGAAUGAUUUUUUCUUGGUGGCUUGCCUCGAGGACUUCAUUGAGAAUGCUCGUCUCUUCAUCUUUGAGACUUUCUGCCGGAUUCAUCAAUGCAUCAGCAUCAGUAUGCUCGCAGAGAAGCUGAAUAUGACGCCUGAAGAAGCUGAGCGAUGGAUUGUCAACUUAAUUCGGAAUGCAAGACUGGAUGCAAAAAUAGAUUCAAAACUGGGCCAUGUAGUAAUGGGAAACAAUGCGGUGUCCCCAUAUCAGCAAGUGAUUGAAAAGACAAAGAGCCUCUCCUUUCGCAGUCAGAUGUUGGCUGUGAACAUUGAAAAGAAAAUGAACCAAAACAACAGGACUGAGGCUCCGUGGGCCGCUCAGGAUUCGGGUUUUUACUAAGGAUAAUGGAAGAAAAAGUGCACAGAUCAGUUUAUCUUACUAGAUCAACUAUUCACCUUUGUAACAGCUGUCUUUUUAAUUAAAGGACUUUGGGUU